GACUGCGUCCGCGCUCAGCGGCCCUGCUCGCCGCCCGCCCAUUUGUGAAUGAGACGCUCAGUUUCUCAAUGGAGCCGCGGGGGGCUCGGGCGGCUGCAGGGUUGGCCGUGAGCCGGGAGGGGGGUGCGCGGCCCUGUCCCCUCCCUCUCCCUCCUUCUGGCUCGGAGGCUUUUGAGGAACGGCGCUGAGAGGCGGCCGCGCGGGUCGCCGGGCCCACAGCCGGAGGAGCGGGAGCGCCGCCGAGGAGGCCGGCAGCCUUCGCUCUGGGCCUGGAAAGUUCUUGAUUUCAUAUUUCCUUUUUUCCUCCCGAUUCCCUCAGCUCCCCGCCUGCACUUUUUCUUUUCCGGGAGAGGAGGGGGAGUGUGAGGAAAGGAGCAGAGAAAAUAAACAAGGAUUUCCGCCCAGAAGACAGCGACAGCUCAGAGCGCCUUCUCGUGAGGACCCAGCGGCGGCGUUCGUGGGCGCCGCGGGCGCGGGCCCGCCGGCCCACCAUGCGCGAGCCGGCCCCGGGCUGCUGAGCGCGGGCACGAGGGAGCCAAGGCCACAGCGGGGCCCCGGCGCUCCGGGCGGGUCCUGUUCGCGGGCGGCGGCGGCGGGAUGGAGCCCGCGACCGCACCCCAGGCCGACAUGGCGCCGCAGCUGACCCCGGAGGAGGAGCAGGCCACCAGGCAGUUUCUGGAGGAGAUUGACAAAUGGGGCGCGCAGUACAACGUCUCCCCUCUCUCCUGGCGUGUGGCCGUGAAGUUUCUCAUGGCCCGGAAGUUCGAUGUGCUCCGUGCCGUGGAGUUGUUCCACUCCUACAGGGAAACACGAAGGAAGGAAGGCAUUGUGAAGCUGAAACCUCACGAGGAACCUCUCCGUUCUGAGAUCCUUAGUGGAAAGUUCACCAUCUUAAAUGUUCGGGACCCAACAGGAGCUUCCAUCGCCCUCUUCACUGCCAGAUUGCACCAUCCCCACAAGUCAGUCCAACAUGUGGUACUUCAGGCUCUGUUCUACUUGCUAGACAGAGCUGUGGAUAGCUUUGAAACUCAGAGGAACGGACUGGUGUUUAUCUAUGACAUGUGCGGUUCUAAUUAUGCCAACUUUGAGCUGGAUCUGGGCAAGAAAGUCCUAAACCUGCUGAAGGGAGCGUUUCCAGCUCGUCUGAAGAAAGUGCUGAUCGUGGGAGCGCCCGUGUGGUUCCGCGUGCCCUACUCCAUCGUCAGCCUCUUGCUGAAAGACAAAGUCCGGGAGAGGAUUCAGAUACUAAAGACAUCAGAGGUCACCCAGCACCUGCCCAGGGAGUGCCUUCCAGAAAACCUGGGUGGGUACGUGAAAAUUGACCUCGCCACUUGGAAUUUCCAGUUCCUACCCCAGAUGAAUGGCCACCCGGAUCCCUUCGAUGAGAUCAUCCUGUCCUCCCUCCCUCCUGCCUUAGACUGGGACUCGGUGCAUGUCCCAGGUCCCCACGCCAUGACCAUCCAAGAGCUGAUGGAGUAUGUUAACACCAGGCAAAAGCGGGGUAUAUAUGAGGAGUAUGAGGACAUCCGUCGCGAGAACCCUGUUGGCACUUUCCACUGUUCCAUGUCUCCAGGAAACCUAGAGAAGAACCGCUAUGGGGAUGUACCCUGCCUGGACCAAACUAGAGUGAAACUGACAAAACGCAGUGGCCAGACUCAGACAGAUUACAUCAAUGCCAGUUUCAUGGAUGGCUACAAGCAGAAGAAUGCUUACAUUGGUACACAAGGCCCUCUGGAGAACACCUAUCGUGAUUUCUGGUUCAUGGUAUGGGAGCAAAAAGUCUUGGUGAUUGUCAUGACCACUCGCUUUGAGGAGGGCGGCAGGAGGAAGUGUGGCCAGUACUGGCCUUUAGAAAAAGACUCUCGGAUCCGAUUUGGCUUCCUCACAGUGACCAAUCUAGGCGUGGAGAACAUGAACCAUUAUAAGAAAACAACGCUAGAAAUUCAUAACACAGAGGAGCGGCAGAAACGCCAGGUGACCCACUUUCAGUUCCUGAGCUGGCCAGAUUACGGUGUCCCCUCUUCAGCAGCUUCCCUCAUUGACUUCCUGCGAGCGGUCAGGAGCCAGCAGAGGCUGGCGGUCAGCAGCGUGGGCGCGCGCUCCAAGGGGCAGGGUCCUGAGCCGCCCAUUGUGGUCCACUGCAGUGCGGGCAUCGGCAGGACAGGCACCUUCUGCUCACUGGACAUCUGCCUGGCCCAGCUGGAGGAGCUCGGCACCCUUGAUGUGUUCCAGACAGUAUCCCGCAUGCGGACCCAGAGGGCCUUCAGCAUCCAGACCCCCGAGCAGUACUACUUCUGCUAUAAGGCGAUCCUGGAGUUCGCAGAGAGGGAGGGCAUGGUGUCCCCCAGCCACAGCCUCCUGGCCACAGAGGGUCAGUGACUGGCCCACGGGCCUCCCACCUGCCAGCCGGCCUUCCUUAACUACCGCGGACACCGCUGAGCCUGUAGGUUGCCACCAGUUAUGCUGAAGCCAUGGGCCAGCCUCGCCCUCGUGUCCCCUGGUGCGCACGAGGCAGCCUUUCCCUGCGCUGACAGAGGUGGUGAAGUUGUCACUAGAAAGGGCCAGCAGCAAUGUGUUCUUCAUUCCUAGCGCCUGCUAUUGAACUGUGCCUUAUGAAAACCAAAUUGUGGCUGUCGGUUUUUGCCAGGGCCCCCAGGUAGGUGGGGAAGGAACCUCCCUCCCCCUUUCCCAGUGCCGUUCUCCUUCUGGAGGUCUCUUUCCCAUUCCUGUCCUUUGCCAGGAUUUCAUGGGGAGGCUGGGUGAGCAUCCACCUUCCUUCCCAGAAAGCUUGACCAAGUUCCAUAUUCUAGAGACUGUCCCGAGUGCCAAGCACGUUUAUACCUAGGGUGUGUAUUCCAGUCUUUUCUGUCAUUCUAUGUGCGUGCGUGUGUGUAUGUGCACUUACGUGUAUGGGUCCAUAUGUACGUGUGUAUAUAAUAUAUACUGUAUGUGAUAAUAUGGUUGUAUUCUAUAAAUACAUAUACACAGAGUUACUCCUUUGUAGAAGUUCCUGGGGCUGGCUCCGUGUUGCAGUUCAGGACUCCUUGCUUCAUGGACCUUCCUGUUUAUCAUGGGUUAGCGGAGGUUGGGGAUCAUGUCUCCGGUGGUUAGACCGCAGAGUGGUGGAAGAGGACACACAUCCACUCUCUGUGCUCCUGCCACGGGCCCUCAUCCUUCCGUAAUGACUUCUCUCUCUCUGGGAUGCUGCCUGUUGGAGCCAAGAAUACUGGUUUGUGGUGACACUGGGUUAUUCAGCAUGGAUUGCCCUUGUUUAAUGAUUUCUCUGUUUACUUUGCUGAUUUGGGGAACAGACCUCCACUGUGAUUCCUGACCCUCUCCCUAUCCCUUGGGGAUUGGAGCCUGGGGGUAGAGAUGAACUAACUGAGAAACUAGAGUCAAAAGCAAUCGGUACAAUGUCUUAGAAGGAAAGAGAAGGAGCCCAGGUAUGAGGGAGAGAAAGCUACUAUGAGAAUCCUUCCCUGGGAGAAUGAGCUGGAGGGCCAUUUUUCUUUUCUAGAAGGUUUCUUUCCUUUUAGCACUUAGCCCUGUCCACUCAGUUGCCCACCUCGCUCUGCCUUCUCGCCUUCCAGACUCUGGAGCUCAAGUUCUGUGUCAGUAACAUGCUUAACUCCUAUCUGGGUGAGGCAGUCCCCUGCAAUUACUGUUUCCCGCCUCUUCACUCAACCUGUCCCUUUCUGCUCCCAACCUACCCAGCCUGAUGUGCCAGGGAUGGAAUCAACAGCCCCCAGCACUCUACAUUCCCAAGAGAAUCCCAGGAACCCAGAAACCUUCCCCCAUUGUAGAUGAGGUUGGCAGCUGAUCAGACCUCAGUAAUUUUAUACUGUAAUAAGCUCUUUGAAUGUAUAUGUUCUUAUUUUUACAAUCUUUUCAUUUUGUAUUUAAUGUCAAUGGACUGAGUCCGAUUCAGAAAAUAAUUGUAAAUGUUCAUAUUCAAUAUCUUACACCGAUACAGUUUUGUAUUUACAUAUAAAUAUACCGACAUGAUCAAACCC